CAACCAACCAAUGCCCACCCCACCAACGCCCACCCCACCAAACUACCCCGCCAACCACAAAAAACCUUAAACGCACUCCGCAUCAUUGCCAUUCUCCGCCUCCGCCUCCCCCACCCCGUCUCACCCACUUCACCACUCCCACCUACGGCCCACCAUGUCCCUCCCCUCGCACAAGACCUUGCUCCUCAACACGAGCAUCGAGCACCGGAUCCUGCGCUUCGGCACAUUCACCUUAAAAUCCGGUCGGACCUCACCGUACUUCUUCCAAGCCGGAGGCUUCAACACGGCAUCUUUACUCUCCACGUUGAGCAGCGCAUACGCGCGAACGAUCGCGCGUUCCGGCGUCGACUUUGACGUCGUAUUCGGGCCGGCAUACAAGGGCAUCCCAUUGGCGGCGACUACCGCGACCGCGCUGUUCGCGCUUGACGCGGAGGCGUAUGGGGGUGUCGGGUACGCCUUCAAUAGGAAGGAGGUGAAGGAUCAUGGCGAGGGCGGGAUGAUUGUUGGUGCGGAGCUGAAGGGGAUGAGGGUGCUCGUUGUCGACGAUGUUAUCACCGCUGGCACGGCGAUUAGGGAGGCUGUGGGCAUUAUUGAGAAGGCGGGCGGAACGGUCGUGGGGAUUGUGGUCGCCCUCGAUAGGCAGGAGAGGCUGAACGAGGAGGAAGGCGAGAGCGCUAUCAUGAGUGUUAGGCGCGAGCUGGGGGUGCCUGUGGUGCCCAUCUUGACCCUGGGAGAUCUGAUUGAGGGCGUGGAGGGAGAGCAGAGGGAGGCCAUGGUCGCGUAUAGAGCUAGGUAUGGGGCCGCGGAGGAAUAGAUUCGGGGUUGCUGGCUGGCUGGCUUGGGCGGUUGGAUAUCUCCCCGUGUGCACGUGAAGCGGCGCUGGGUGUGGUUGUGUGUACGGGUGUGGGUGUGGGUGUGGAUGGGUGUGCUUGCUGUACGCCUGUCUCGGGGAGGUGGAGAGGUUCCGCUUGCAAAGAGCGAGUGAGCGACGUGCCAUCCAUCGCCAGUGAAACAUGUCCGAAUACAAAUAGACAGCUCGGUGAUCGAUCACGCGUGGUCAGUCGAUCAAGCGGCUGGAGUUUACAUCGAGAGUUGAGUUCUCCGUCUCCAGCCAGAGCAGGUACCUAGGUCGGUAGGACAAAUCCCCAGUCUUUGGCACGAAGUUACAUAGCAUAG